UCCCUUUGUCUCUCUCUCUCUCCCUCUCUGACUAAAUCGCAUCCUCACUUUCUCUCUUCUGCCGCCACCACCACCACUGUUUAACGCGCCUCCUCCUACAUCUCAAUCGCCUUCAUCGUUCUCCACUUCCUCUAGGUUUCCCCCACCGCUUCUCUAUCCAUCUGGUUUGUUAUUUUUUUCUCCCCUCGAGCUGGAUUCUCUACUCUCGCGCCGCCGCUGGUUCAGCGGCUUUGUUGAUUGAUCUAAGCCUUCCUCACGCUUUCAAUUGAUUUUCCGAUUCUCUCCCAAUCCGAAUUAAAAAGGCUUAGGGAUUCUGAGUGAUUCGAUUUCGUUAGGGGCCGUGUUUGAUUAGGGAGUGGUCUCCGAUUUGGAUGGCAUUGGGAGACUUAAUGGUAUCACGGUUCUCGCAAUCCUCUGUUUCUUUAGCUUCCAAUCACCGCUACAACGACGGGGACGAAGACUGUGUCUCCUCGUCCUCGUCGUCGCGGAUGAAUAAAGAUUCCGAUGCUACGAGUAGUAUAUUCGGAAACGGAACUACGGAGAGAGCCGCCACGAGUAUGGCCUACCUGCCUCAGACUAUCGUCCUCCGCGAGCUUAGACACGAGGCGUCAGAGGCUUCUUCUGCGCUCUUGGGGACUUCAGAGGGGAUUGUAUUGGCUCCUAAAUGGCGGCUUAAAGAGCGAAUGAAAACAGGAUGUGUAGCUUUAGUUCUGUGUUUAAACAUUACUGUUGAUCCGCCGGAUGUUAUAAAGAUAUCUCCUUGUGCAAGAAUCGAGGCUUGGAUAGAUCCAUUUUCCAUGGCACCGCCCAAGGCUCUGGAGAGUAUUGGACAAAAUUUAAGCACACAGUAUGAGAGAUGGCAACCUAGGGCUCGAUAUAAGGUUCAGUUAGAUCCGACGCAGGAAGAAGUCAAGAAGUUGUGUUUGACUUGUCGGAAGUAUGCAAAGACAGAGAGAGUUCUAUUCCAUUAUAAUGGGCAUGGUGUACCAAAGCCUACAGCCAAUGGGGAAAUUUGGGUAUUUAAUAAGAAUUAUACGCAGUACAUACCAUUGUCAAUCAGUGAGCUUGAUUCCUGGUUGAAGACACCGUCCAUCUAUGUUUUUGACUGCUCUGCUGCUAGGAUGAUUCUUAAUGCCUUUGCUGAGCUUCAUGAUUGGGGCUCGUCUGGAUCCUCAAGGGACUGUAUUAUACUUGCUGCUUGUGACGUUCAUGAGACACUUCCUCAGAGCGUUGAAUUUCCAGCUGAUGUUUUUACUGCUUGCCUCACGACACCCAUUAAAAUGGCGUUAAAAUGGUUCUGCCGGCGUUCCCUUCUGAAAGAAAUUAUCAAUGAAUCACUUAUUGACAGGAUUCCCGGCCGCCAAAAUGACCGUAAGACAUUGUUAGGGGAGUUGAACUGGAUUUUCACAGCAGUGACGGAUACAAUUGCAUGGAAUGUGCUUCCUCAUGAACUUUUCCAAAGAUUAUUCAGACAGGAUUUGUUGGUCGCUAGCCUUUUCCGAAAUUUCUUACUUGCGGAGAGAAUAAUGCGGUCCGCAAAUUGUAAUCCAAUAUCUCACCCUAUGCUACCUCCUACGCAUCAACAUCAUAUGUGGGAUGCAUGGGACAUGGCUGCUGAAAUCUGCCUUUCUCACCUUCCCCAACUUGUUCUGGAUCCAAACGCAGAGUUCCAGCCAAGUCCAUUUUUUACUGAGCAACUGACAGCUUUUGAGGUGUGGCUUGAUCAUGGAUCUGAGCAUAAGAAGCCGCCAGAGCAGUUGCCUAUUGUUCUUCAGGUGUUACUUAGCCAAUGCCAUCGGUUUCGUGCUCUUGUACUACUUGGAAGAUUUCUUGAUAUGGGCUCAUGGGCCGUGGAUCUGGCUUUGUCUGUUGGAAUAUUCCCAUAUGUGCUGAAGCUUCUGCAAACAACAACAAAUGAGCUAAGACAGAUCCUUGUUUUCAUAUGGACAAAGAUUCUUGCACUUGAUAAGUCAUGUCAAAUUGAUCUUGUGAAGGAUGGCGGGCAUACAUAUUUCAUAAGAUUUCUAGAUAGCUCGGGUGCUUUUCCAGAACAACGAGCUAUGGCUGCUUUUGUUCUGGCCGUCAUUGUGGACGGACACCGACGAGGCCAGGAAGCAUGUCUUGAAGCAAAUUUGAUUGGUGUCUGUCUGGGGCACCUUGAAGCAUCGAUACCAAGUGAUCCACAGCCAGAACCAUUGUUUCUACAAUGGCUUUGUCUUUGUCUUGGAAAGUUGUGGGAAGAUUUUAUGGAGGCCCAAAUAAUGGGUAGGGAGGCUAAUGCUUUUCAAAAGCUGGCACCUUUGCUUUCCGAGCCCCAACCUGAGGUAAGGGCUGCUGCUGUUUUUGCCCUGGGUACCUUAGUUGAUAUUGGGUUUGACUCUAGUAAAAGUGUUGUGGAGGAUGAAUUUGAUGAUGAUGAAAAGAUUAGAGCAGAAGAAGCUAUCAUUAAAAGUCUCUUAGAUGUUGUCUCAGAUGGGAGUCCACUUGUCCGGGCAGAGGUUGCUGUAGCUCUUGCACGUUUUGCCUUCGGCCACAAACAGCACCUAAAGUCAGCCGCAUCUUCAUAUUGGAAGCCUCAGUCAAGUUCUUUGCUUACUUCGCUCCCUUCAAUAGCUAAACUCCAUGAUGCUGGGAGUGCAAAACUUGUUUCUUUACACAUGAGUCCUCUGACUAGAGCUAGCACUGAUAGCCAACCAGUGGCUACCAAGAUCUCAAGCAGCCCUCUUGGGUCGGCUGGGCUGAUGAAUGGAUCUCCAUUAUCUGAUGAUUCUUCAUUACAUUCUGAUUCUGGAAUCAUGCAUGACAGUGUCAGCAAUGGAACUGUCCAGCAAAGACUAUUGGAUAAUGCUGUUUAUUCGCAGUGCGUUCGAGCUAUGUUUGCCUUAGCUAAAGACCCAUGUCCACGUAUUGCAAGUCUUGGGCGGCGUGUGCUUUCUAUCAUUGGAAUCGAACAAGUUGUUGCGAAACCAUCGAAGCCCACUGGCCGACUAGGGGAAGCUGCAACGACAUCUCACACUCCUCUUACUGGCCUAGCUCGUUCAUCCUCAUGGUUUGAUAUGCAUGCAGGUAAUCUCCCGUUAAGUUUUAGGACUCCUCCGGUCAGCCCUCCUAGAACAAACUAUCUACUGAGGAGAGUUUGUUCAUUAGAGUUCAAACCGCAUCUGUUGGGUUCACCAGACUCAGGAUUGGCUGACCCGCCUUUAGGCGUCAGUGGAUCUGAACGGAGUUUGCUCCCAUUAUCAACUAUCUACAACUGGAGCUGUGGCCACUUUUCUAAACCGCUUCUUGGUGGGACGGAUGCUAGUCAAGAGAUUGUUACCAAAAGAGAAGAGAAAGAAAAAUUCGCACUUGAUCAUAUUGCAAAAUGCCAGCACUCCUCUAUGAGCAAGCUCAGCAAUAAUCCCAUUGCCAACUGGGAUACGAGGUUUGAAACGGGAACAAAGACAGCUCUCCUUCACCCUUUCUCCCCUAUUGUAGUUGCUGCAGAUGAGAAUGAACGAAUCAGAGUCUGGAACUAUGAAGAAGCAACUCUUCUCAAUGGCUUCGACAAUCAUGAUUUUCCUGACAAAGGAAUUUCAAAGCUCUGCUUUGUCAAUGAACUUGACGACUCUUUUCUACUUGUUGCAUCAUGUGACGGGUCGGUUCGGAUAUGGAAAAACUAUGCAACAAAGGGUAAACAAAAGCUUGUUACGGGGUUUUCCUCAAUUCAGGGUCACAAGCCCGGUGCACGUGACUUGAACGCUGUUGUUGACUGGCAACAACAGUCUGGCUACCUGUAUGCUUCUGGGGAGGUGUCAACAGUCGCGCUUUGGGACCUGGAGAAAGAACAGCUUGUCAGAUCUAUUCCCUCUGAGUCAGAGUGCGGAGUUACAGCACUUUCGGCGUCCCAAGUGCACGGGGGUCAAGUUGCUGCUGGUUUCGCUGAUGGAUCUCUGAGACUAUAUGAUGUCCGGUCACCUGACCCGCUUGUCUGUGCGACUCGGCCUCAUCAGAAAGUUGAAAGAGUGGUUGGACUCAGUUUUCAGCCUGGACUUGAUCUCGCAAAGGUGGUAAGUGCAUCACAGGCCGGUGACAUACAGUUCCUUGACCUCAGAACAACAAAGGAUACAUACCUGACGAUAGAUGCACACAGGGGUUCACUCACGGCCUUAGCUGUUCACAGACACGCUCCAAUAAUCGCGAGCGGAUCUGCAAAGCAGCUGAUCAAAGUGUUUAGCCUUCAGGGAGAACAACUAGGGAUAAUUCGCUACUACCCAUCCUUCAUGGCACAGAAGAUUGGUUCAGUGAGUUGCCUCAGUUUUCAUCCGUACCAGGUUCUGCUUGCAGCUGGAGCUGCAGACUCAUUCGUCUCUGUAUACACCCAUGACAACUCGCAAGCAAGAUGAGUCGCACACCGUAAGAUAAAAUGUUGCAUAAAAAGGAAAAAACAGAAGCAAAACAAAGUCCAAUUCUGGUCGGGGGGUAAAGUGGUUUUAUAAGUAUUCGUUAGCCUCCGUUGAAGUUUAGAAAGAAGAAUCUAAGUUAUAACAACUGAUGAAGGAGGAGGCUUCACCAAAAUAAGUUCUCUAUCACUUGCUAUGCCAACUAAAGUAAAUGGUAUCUGUAAAUAGUUUCCCUGUUUCUUAAUUUGCUUUUUAUUAUGUUAUAUUGGGUGUGUGAUUUCUUUCCUUUAAUAUUAAAUCUUAGACUCUUUUCCGUUUCACAAUUUGUUUCAAAAUGUUAAAAAGUAAUUGUGGAAAAAGAAAGUUUGCGUUUUCAUGAUAUUAUUACAAACUUGUGUUGUUAAUUAAUCUCGAUCAGUUAG